CAAUGAGCAGAGCUCCUGCUACGAAGCAGCCAAUCGGGUGAGAAGCGCGGGGAUUCCCGGUGUCCGUACGUGUAUUGUUGGAGUACAAAGUUGCAAGACAUAGACUCCGCUGCCACUUGCAGUGCAGGCGCUCUCGGAUGCGUGUUGCGGCGUACGCUGGUUGCUGUGUGAAGAGUGCUCACUUGGAUUGACACUAAACAGCUCUUCCUUUCCGCUGUUACUGGGCAGCAUCGUUCGCACGCGUUAAUCAAGUUUGUGUGUAAAGGAACACCUUUGGUAAUUAACUGAGGUAAACGUAGCAGACGUUCCCUGAAGGCAGUAUUGCGUACAAUGGCGUCCGAGUGGAGCAGGGAUCCAACUGAAGACCAGCAGCGAUACUACGAGCUGUUGGGGGACGUCUGUGCGUACGAAACAAACACCAGCAGGGGACUGCUGAUACUGCAUAGAAAAGUUGGUUACGCCUUGUGUGGCAUACCAGACGAAGAAUCGAAAUGUGAUAACGCCCACACUGGAUACAGUGAGAACAAGUACAAAACCAUAAAGGCUGUCGUCGACUUCAUAAGAGACGUAAACAAGGAGAAGACGGAAGAGAGAGAUCAACUUGAUAUGGCCAUUAUAUUUGUCUUCGUGGAAUACGAGAAGCAGGUGCUGCAGUAUCCCGUAUUUCGAAUAUUGCUCACGAAAUCCAAGUGGAAAUUCGUGGAUACGAAUUGCCGCGUCUAUUCUUCGUGGCAGGAUUACUUGAAAUCUAAUGAAUUACCCGAAGGAAAAUUUUGCUGGCCUCUCAACGGAAUAUACAGUGGCGACGACGACGACAAAGUGCAACUAGGAUGGGGCGUAACACCUGCAGCACAACUCGGCAAUAAGGUGGUUGAAGCAGCGGAUAAGGUCAGCACUGUGGCUGCGUUAGGGGCGACUGUUGUGUAUCUCCUCGGUCUUGUCACCCCGUUAGGACCAGUGAUGGCGGUAGCUGGUGCUUGUGGAGCUGUUAGCGGCCUCUACGGCGCGGCACGCAGUGGUAAAUCGCUGGUCGACCGUGGUAAACACGGCCAAACCGUCAACCCCUUAAGCGAUCGUCAGGCAGCCAUGUCAUGGAUAUCUGUGGCGGGCAGUGUGGUCGGUAUGGCAGCUGGGGCGGCAGCGAGUCGAGCAGCAACUCUGGCGAGGAAUGGCCAGGUGAUGAGCAAGACAGGACAAAUAACGUGCAAUGCUCUCAACGUAACCUCACUGGCUGUCAAUGCCACAGGUAUUGGUAUUGGCGCCAUCAGCCUUCGUGAACGCAUCAAGGAGGGGGAGGCAACAGCUCUAGAAGUUUUCCAGUUCAGUGCCUCACUGUUGUUUUUCGCUCACGCAACAGUCAAUUUCCAGACAGCUUCACAAAUAAUCAAGGAAACACAGAAAGGAGUAAUGGAGGAUUUUGAGAAGAGUCUAAGAAGCAACCGGCACAGGAAACAGUUCAAGAAGUUGGCGAAGAACACCGCAGCUACUGGUGAGAAUCCAAUGGAUGGUAAUGCAAGAGUUAUUAGGGGCAUCCGCAGCAUUGAUAACAAGGAUGAUUUCUUUGCUGGCAUGGUCAGAACAAGGAAAGACUUUGGCGGCCACAAAGCCGUUUUUUCUGAAAAUGGAAACAUAGUUGUGAAUGGUGGUGCAGAGAUACAUCCAAUGAAACUGUAUGAACUGGGCAAACAGCAAAGGAGAGAAUUCCUCUCAUUGGCCAAGCAGGCAUCACAGGGCAAAGUAUCUGAUGCGACCUUAAAAGCUCGUUUUGAUUCUGUGCUCAGCACUAACACUUCUGGCUCUUCUGGGAGGAACACAUCUCAGGACAGUGAUGUAAUGGAGGCAGAAAAAAUACUGACUUCACAGCUGCAGCAGGGAACACAAGGGAUAACCAUAGGCAGAAAUGAGGUUAUGCUUAUGCUGUCAGUUGUGGACGAGCUCACAGUUCUGGUGUGCUCAAAGACAGACAAUAAAUAUGCGAAAUGGUGGCACCUUAUCUGGCACCAUGUUAGUAAACUUGUUAGGGAAAUGUGCAAUACAUAUGAUCAAGCUCUAAAUCUUGAAAAACAGAUACAUAACUUUGUAGAUAAGCGCCAGUUUGAUCUGAUAAACGGCAUACAAAUGACCAAUGUCUUCAUGCAUUUCGUUUGUGAGGUUUACAAGAAAUACAAAGAUCACAUUGAACAACUGAUAAAGGAUAUAGAGAAGAAAUUGAAGACAAAUGAUAUCAUCUGUGAAAAAUGUAAACAGGCCAUGUGACAAGUAAGGAGCUUUAUUUACUGAGUUUGUGAACUCUGUUAAGACCUGAAAAUUAAUAGUUACAUGAGUGCUAUUGCAGUUGGAGAACACACAGUAUGUAUUGUCUUGUUACAUCAGUGUAAAAGACAAUUGUUUUAAAAUAAAUGUAACCUCUGCAGUUAUUA